AGCAGUAUCCGAAAAUGUGUUCCAGUCGGAACCGGCCGCGAUUUCUGUUUAUAUUUACUUAUUUGCAACUUUUUUAAUCAGUUUGGUUUUUGUUUUUAGUCGUGUCACCCACAAGUGGCUGUUGCCCAGUUACGAUUAGAAAAUGCGCCUGUAUUGCCUCAGUGGUGACUUGGCCAAGCCAUGCUACAUUAUUACCUUUAAGGGAUUGCGGAUUAUGCUCGACUGUGGCCUGACUGAGCAGACUGUCCUUAACUUUUUGCCACUGCCCUUUGUCCAGAGUCUCAAGCUAUCGAAUCUACCAAAUUUUGUACCCAGCCGGGAUCAUGAUCCCCAGAUGGAUGGCGAAUUGAAAGAAUGCUGUGGACGGGUGUUCAUCGAUUCCACACCAGAGUUUAAUUUACCCAUGGACAAAAUGCUUGAUUUCAGUGAAGUCGAUGUGAUACUUAUCUCAAAUUAUCUAAAUAUGCUCGCUCUGCCGUAUAUCACGGAGAACACGGGAUUCAAGGGCAAAGUCUAUGCCACGGAGCCAACACUGCAGAUAGGCCGCUUUUUCCUCGAAGAGCUGGUCGACUACAUUGAGGUGUCGCCCAAGGCAUGUACGGCUCGCCUCUGGAAGGAUAAACUCCAUGUCUUACCAAGUCCACUGUCCGAAGCAUUUCGUGCGAAGAAGUGGCGUACCAUCUUUAGUCUCAAGGAUGUUCAGGGCAGCCUCUCUAAAGUGACCAUUAUGGGCUAUGAUGAAAAAUUGGACAUACUUGGCGCGUUUAUAGCAACGCCGGUUAGCUCUGGCUAUUGCCUAGGCUCCAGCAAUUGGGUGCUGAGUACAGCGCACGAGAAGAUCUGCUAUGUAAGUGGCUCCUCGACACUAACCACACAUCCACGACCCAUCAAUCAGUCGGCAUUGAAGCAUGCAGAUGUACUGAUUAUGACUGGACUAACGCAAGCGCCCACAGUCAAUCCCGAUACAAAACUGGGCGAGCUCUGCAUGAAUGUGGCCCUAACCAUAAGGAAUAAUGGCAGUGCCCUGAUACCAUGUUAUCCAUCGGGUGUUGUCUACGAUCUCUUUGAAUGUCUUACACAAAAUCUGGAGAACGCUGGCCUCAACAAUGUGCCCAUGUUCUUUAUAUCACCGGUGGCCGAUAGCUCCUUAGCCUAUUCGAACAUCUUGGCCGAGUGGUUAAGUUCGGCCAAGCAGAAUAAGGUCUAUCUGCCAGAUGAUCCAUUUCCGCAUGCCUUCUAUUUGCGAAACUCCAAGCUGAAGCACUACAAUCAUGUAUUUUCCGAGGGAUUCAGUAAAGAUUUUCGGCAACCUUGCGUCGUCUUUUGCGGUCAUCCAAGUCUGCGUUUUGGUGAUGCUGUCCACUUUAUAGAGAUGUGGGGCAACAAUCCCAAUAAUUCGAUUAUAUUCACUGAACCUGAUUUCCCAUAUCUGCAAGUAUUAGCACCGUUCCAGCCAUUGGCCAUGAAGGCCUUUUAUUGUCCCAUAGACACUUCACUCAAUUACCAGCAGGCGAAUAAGCUAAUCAAAGAAUUAAAGCCAAAUGUUUUGGUUAUCCCAGAAGCCUACACCAAGCCCCAUCCGUCGGCUCCGAAUUUGUUCAUCGAGCAGCCGGAUAAAAAGAUUAUCACCUUUAAGUGUGGUGAGAUUAUUAGAUUGCCACUGAAACGGAAAUUGGAUCGUAUUUACAUUACCUCCGAAUUGGCUCAAAAGAUAUCGCCACGCGAAGUAACCAGUGGUGUUACAUUGUCCACCCUCACGGGUGUGCUGCAGGUCAAGGACAAGGUGCACUGCAUCCAGCCAUGUGCAGAUUUCGUCAAGGACGAUCCCACCGGCAGCAGCAGUAGUGGCACAGCACCUGCUCCAUCCAAAGAGGAAGUGCUGAAAAAUGUGAAAUACGAAUAUGGCACUAUCGAUGUGGAUGUUCUAAUGAAACGUCUAGCUCAGGAUGGUUUCACCAACAUCAAAAUGGAUCGUACUGGCGGUUUUCUAUCCCUGCAAUUGGUCGACGAGGACACCACCAUUAAAUUCGAGGAGAACGAAACUCACAUCAUUUGCGGCGAUAAGCCAAUCACACGACUCAAAUUACGCGACACGCUACUAAAAUGCUUACAAAGCUUUUAGAGAGACAGGUAGAGAGAGAGAUAGACAGAGAGGGGAAAAAUACGACGUCAUCCUUUAAUAAUAUGUAUUACUUAAUAAUUAACAAAUAAAAGAGACUAUUUUUUACGAUUCCACGGCCUUUA